ACCAAAAAGCUCUGCAUUUCAAUCACGAUUACAAAUCUCUACGCUCAUCCCUUCCAUAUCCUCCAUUAGCGGCGCAUCUCAGCUUUGGUUCAGUCACACUGAAGCUCCGUCACACCCCUUCCAAUGGAUCUUCUCCGUCACGCUCUCUUCCGUUCCUCCUCCUCCUCCGCCGCCGCCUCUAUUGCCAUUGUUUGAUCGUUCCUCUGAGUUUUCGUCUUCUUCUGUCGCUGCCGCCACCGCUUGCGUUGCACGAUCUCUCUCUAUCAUCCCUUGCGUCGCACGAGCCCCCUCCUUGCUGUUGCUUAGGUUUUCUAUCACAUGCUGGUAUCUCGAAACAGAUGAGUGAGGAGCAGAUACUCCGGGAUGAUAUCAAGUUUGGUGGAAAAGCCCAAACAGCUUUUCAUGAAAGAUAUCAGGAUGCUGUCCAAGUAUAAUGUCACUACCACGUUAAGGUCUCAGGACAAACCUCUGGCUGCAUGGUUAUUUACACAGGUUGUAGAGGUAGUGCAAGCUGUAAGAUGACCAAUGCUAGGGGGGAAGUUAAAUACCCAAUCAAGGGAAUCAAUAUAUUGAAGGCUCAUGGAAAAAGUGCUAGAGACGGCUUUCUGAUGAAUGGUUUUCCUCUAAAUACUGGCCGUGCAGCUCAAGGAAUGCCUCUUAAGGUUGCCCCUGCAAAAAUUGCAUGUCUUGAUUUUAAUCUUCAAAAGACUAAAAUGCAAUUGGGUGUUCAAGUAUUAGUUACUGAUCCCAGAGAGCUUGAGAAAAUUUGUCAAAGGCUGGCAGGCUACUAAGUCAUGGCAAUGGUAUCACCAUGCCCCAAGGAGUAGCAAUGGCUUACAGAUUAACUGCCAACCUACAAGAAAUCAAGAUCAAUGAGGGAAUGCUAUGCGAUCAUAGCUGUUGAGCCAAUCAAGAUCAAGAUUCAUUUGAAUUUGAGAUUGCUAUGUUGUGUGCUGGGAUCUCCUGGAAUUGAAGAUAGCGACAAGUCUGAGGCGCAUUUGACUUCAGCUGCUGCUUCUGUGGAGGGUUAAAUUCAGGCGCAUUUAGCUGUCUAGUAUGAAUAUAAGAUUUGUGUUUAUUUUUUAUAAGUUAAUGUGCUACUGGUUCUAAUAUGAAUAUAAGAUUUGUGUUUAUUUUGAGUUACAUGACUUGGUUGCAAUACCGGAUUUGGUAAACAAAGCAGAUGUGGAAAGUAUGGAAAGAAAUGGUUAUGAAAACCCUUCACUUCCUACUGUACCAGAGACACAUUAUGUUGAGACAGCUAGUCAUAGCAUUGGUAGUCCUCGUCGAACUUUGUCAUUGGUUGCCACCACUAGUUCCUCAAAGCUUGGAAGAGAGAGUUUCAUAGAUCUUAAUCUCCCUGCCCCAGCCGAACAAGAUGAUGCGAACCAAUUCGAGAAUUCCGCGAUUUCUGAUGCAGAGUUUGUGAAUUCGGCGAAGGCUCUUGACACCUUCAACACUGCAGUAGUUUCUCCUAUAUACUGUGUCAUGUUCACAACACUUACCAUCCUAGCUAGUGUGAUAAUGUUCAAGUUGAGAAAUGAAGUUAAUAAACUGGAGGAGAGGCUUGGAGUUACUGAUGAUCAUCUCAAACAAAAGAAUAUGAAAAUCAAGAAACUGGCAAAUGAAAAGAAAUGUGCAUUGGCUACACAAUAUGCGGCAGAAGCAACUCUUAGAAGGGUACAUGCAAAUCAAAAGGAUGAUGAUAUUCUCCCAAUUGACAGCAUCAUUACUCCAUUUGAAGCUGAGAUUAAAAUAUACAAGAAUGAGUUACAAAUAAUGUAACUCCCAGCAAGGAUGCAUUUGUCAAAUAAUUAAUUAAUUUAAUGUAACUUCUUCUUCCUCUUUAUAUGAUGCUAUAAGAACAAUACACUGAGUAUAUGUUUUGAAUUAUAGUUGAUGUAUCAACACAUUUUGUUGAUGUAUAGUUAUUUAUUAUUAUAGUUGAUGUAUC